AUGGAUUACCUAGAGGUGCUAGCUAUUGCUGAAAAAAAUAAACGAGAAAAUUUAAGAAAUACCAAAAAAGAGCUUUCUCACAACCCUAUUAAACAACAUAAUUUUUUUUUAACGCGUAAUAUAGAUGAAUUUCAAAAAUCUAUUUCAAAAAGAAAAGCACAUUUUUCAAAUAAUGAUUGUAAAUUAAAAUCUACAUUUCUAACUGCUUCAAAAGAAAAAUGCAAAAAUAUUCAACAAAACUCUUCAAAAUUAAUAUCGAAAAAACAAUUUCCCAUUAAUACUAUUAAGGAACUGAAUAAAAAUAUUAAGAAUUCAAAAAUUAUUCCUAAUAAAUCUUUUAAGUAUGACGAACUUUUGAAAUUAGCUGAUCUUAAUAAAAAAGAAAUUGGUAUAUCUAGCCCAAAAAUCUCCAAAAAUUACCAAUUUAAUCAAAAAAGCAUCAAUUUAGAUUAUCUUACAAAAAAAAUAGAACAAAAGAAUGCCAAUAAGCCAAAUAACAAUCCACAAAUAUCUCCUAAAAUUGAAUAUGCCCAUCAUAAAAUUGGAAAAAAAAUCGGAAAUAUAGAAUUUAAAUAUAACAUAUUGAAUACAAGAUGUUUAGACAAAAAAUCAAACAUUAAUUAUAAAGAUCAUAAGAAUGGAAAUGACGAAGAAAGUGAUCAUGAUUCUUUUGUAGAUGAUAACACUAUAGAUGAUGAAUAUGGAAAUUAUUCUGAUCACAUAAAGGCAAUAUUUGGAUAUGAUAAAAAAAGAUAUGCAAACGAAAUUGAAAUUGAUGAUGUAAGAGAAACUUCAUUCAAAGAUCAAAUGAAAGAAGAAGCUAGGAGUACAAGAAUCGGAAAAUUCGAAGAUUUGGAAGACAUAAAAUUAGAAAAUGAACAUAUAUUUAGGAAAAGAAAAAGGAAAAUUAUAUAAUUAAUUUUUAGAACUGUAAAAUAUUUUUUUCAUUUCUGAAAUUUUAUUAAAACAAGUUACGAAAAGUUAUAAACAUAUGUAUUCAGUUUAUUAAUUGGGAAAUAUAUUUUGCUUUAUAUAUUUAAAAUGAUUUAUAUUGUUAAUUUAUUUAUUCGUAUAUUUUAAUUUUCAUGAUCACU